AUGUUACGAUUUCAUAAAAUAUUCAAAAAAGGAAGGUGUUCUGUGAUUGGAAUGAUACACGUUGGUGCAUUGCCGGGUACACCUUUGUAUGAAGGUGAUACGAACAAAAUUAUAAGCCAUGCAGUAAAGGAAGCAACAAUCUAUAAUGAUUAUAAAAUUGAUGGCAUAUUAGUAGAAAAUAUGCAUGACAUACCAUACGUCAGGUCUAAAGGUAUAACUCCUGAGACUACAUCAAUAAUGACCAGAGUUUGUACUGAAAUUAAACACAUAUUACCUAAUAAUAUACCUUGUGGUAUACAGAUUUUAGCAGGAUGUAACAAGGAAGCACUAGCUGUAGCAAAGGCUGCUAAUUUUCAAUUUAUUAGAGCAGAAGGGUUUGUCUUCUCUCAUAUUGCAGAUGAGGGUUUUACAGAUGCAUGUGCAGGCUCUUUACUGCGAUACAGAACACAAAUUGACGCAGAUGAUAUUCUUAUUUUUACUGAUAUUAAAAAAAAGCAUAGUUCACAUGCAAUCACUUCUGAUGUAAGUUUAUCAGAGACAGUAAAAGCAGCAAAAUUUUUCUUAAGUGAUGGAAUAAUACUGACAGGAACUGCUACAGGUAAUCCAGUCAACUUAUCAGAAUUUGCAGAGGUUAAAAAGACCACUAAAGGACCUAUUCUAAUUGGUUCUGGUGUUACAUUAGACAACAUAGAAGAUUAUUUGUCCUCUGAUGCAAUAAUUAUUGGAUCACAUUUUAAAUUUGAUGGAAUAUGGAAAAAUGAUGUUGAUAAAGAAAGAGUUAAAAAUUUGAUGGGAAAAUUAGAAAACUUGCGAAAUACAAACUGGUGUUUAUACUAA